UUGAACUUAAGUUUCCACCCGUGCUAAUAUUUCAUUCGUUCAGGUGAUAGAGAUUAUUUUGUAGUAGAAUUUAAAGGCGAAAUGUCCAGCUUCGUGAAGCGCCGAGGCACGGCCUCGAUAAAAGGAACAAGGGCUUCACUGCAUGGCGGACAACCGCUGCUUUCCUCUGGGAAUCCGUCUCUGGACCAUAUUUUUGGAGGCGGUUUCCCAAUUGGAUCAAUUAUUGCUAUCGAGGAAGAUAAAUACGCAAACUAUUCACGAGUGUUAACUAAAUAUUUCCUAUCCGAAGGGCUCGUUAAUGGGCACUCAAUUUUCGUUUCAAGCUGGGAAGAAGAUCCGGCUCAAUUAAUGAAGAAACUUCCAACUCCUGUUGAGGAUGCCGAAGCGCAGAAAAAGCCAAAAGAUGAUACACCCGAAGAAAUGCGGAUAGCGUUCCGCUAUAACAAUCUUUCCGUUGUCGAUUUGGAACAGAAAACGAGUGCUCCAAUUGGUCACUUUUUCGACCUUUCCAAACAGGUAGACGAAUCUGAGUUAGCUAAACACGAUAUUUCCUACUGGCACGGUUCGGAAGGCUCAUCGGAAGCGUUUCGGCUGGGAUUCGCCAAUCCAAACUACGAAUCACUCUUAAACGCAAUACACAGUAAGUCUCGCGAGGCCAAAUACAAUCCCGCCUGCACUGAGGUGAAGGAGAAAACGUUGCUACGAAUUUGUAUCAAUUCACUUGGAUCACCGCUUUGGUACGAUCAGGGCUUUUCUCGGGACGUCAUCAAGUUUCUCUCAGUGCUGAAAUCGAUCGUGCGAAAUUCUCUCGCCUGCUGUCUGGUGACCAUUCCGACCCAUCUAUUCCGCCAUCUGGGCGACAAUCGAUUGUACGAUCGGCUCAUCGAUCAGGUUGAUUUCUGCAUCGCACUGGAAUCGUUCGCCGGAUCGGACAAGGAAACAAACCCCGCCUUCAAAGAGUACCACGGACUGCUGGAUCUGGUGAAGAUUUCCGCACUGAACUCACUUGCGGCCUACGUGCCGGAGACGCGCGAUCUGGCCUUCAAGCUGAGGCGGCGUAAAUUCGUCAUCGAAAAGCUGCAUUUGCCACCGGAGCUGGGUGACGAUCAGGAUGAGUGCGGCGGGGCGAAGUUGGUUCAGACGAUGAGUUGUUCCGGGGGAGGGGUGGAAAGUAAGUUGGAUUUUUGAGAGGGAAAUAAAAACGGUGUCGGUUGGAAA